AGUGGCAGGCAAAAAACCGCUACAUCUUAGGAAUUACAGGCGAGCCGACCCGGACAAGCACUACCGUUAUUCAGACUGACGCAUUUACUCCUAGAUAGGAUUUCUUUGAAAUGUACAUGAAGAAACAGCCAACGGGACAACAAACUUGGAAAAUGCAAACUUGUUGCAUAUUAUAGCCUAAGAGAACCCCUCGUCUUGUCAAUUACCACUUGGGAAUUAUGCACAUACUACUGGCUACCGUGUCUCCGUUAAUUGGGUUUCUCCACUGAAAACCAUUGGAAUAACAGCAGAUACGAAGAAAUGUUAUAGUUUUUUCCCCCGAAGGACAACGUAAUUUAGAUUUUUUUUCCUGUACUGUUUCAUAAUGCCGCUUCAUCAAAUGAACAUUGCGGAUCUGUCAUUAGAACACUGUUGCAAUCAGAUUUGCUUUAAGGGGAAACGUUUACUGUGUAAACUUAUGCAAUGAUGAUAAUAUUAUUCGUGUUACUUACACAAUUUAAAUUUUUUAAAAAUUUAACUUAUGUGGAAUUCUUAUAUCCGGUCUAUUGGUGGGAUAAAUAGUAAAUUACAUUUUGUAAACCGGUCAUUUAGUUAGGCUACUUUGCGCACGUUUUGAGAAGAUCAGUCGUGAUGCCUCUUGUAGCAGGCAAUCGAAUACCCAUUUUAAGGAUUUAAGAUUAUCUUCAGUUAUACAUACUUCACCUUAAAAUCGAAAUUGGAACCUAAAGCGUAGUCUACAUUUCUACCGAACGCCUUGCACCUAGACCUUCCGUUCACGAUACAAUUUCUUGAUGUCGCCCAGGAGAGACUCACUGGAAAUAAUGGGCUGAUUAGGGGAACGCUGAGGGUAGACUGAUGGGGACAAUGCGGAUACCCGGUGUUGGCGUCCCGUUUUGGGGUCGCCUAUUGCUGUUGCUGUAUUUUUUGGCUGCCUCCGAGUCUAGGCUCGUCCAAGCCUGCCCCGGGCUCAUCACCAGCGGCUGCAGCUGCACAGACGAACGCCCAAAGGCUCACACCACGACGUCUGUUCGGAAAAGAGUCAGCUGCAGCGGGGAAGAACUUUCCGAAACUCCCCAAGCCAGCCUUCUUCCAAACAGGACCGUUACUUUGAUUUUGAGCAAAAAUCGUAUCAGGGUGCUGAGAAAUGGAUCCUUCGCUGGACUCGGUGCUCUGGAGAAACUAGACCUCAGGGACAAUCUUAUCAGCACCAUCAUGCCCGGAGCCUUCCUAGGUCUGACUGAGCUUCGCAAACUAGAUCUCUCCAACAACCGGAUUGGCUGUCUGACUGCUGACAUGUUCCAGGGGCUGACCAACCUCACCAAGCUAAACCUCUCUAGCAAUAUCUUCUCAUCUUUGGAGCCAGGGCUGUUCCAGGAGAUGCCUGCCCUGAAACUUGUGAACUUCAACUCCGAGUACCUGUCAUGUGACUGUGGCCUGCGAUGGAUUCCUGGGUACUUCCGUUCCAGCUCCGCUCGGCUGGGGGACGAGACCUUCUGUGCGUAUCCCAGAAGCCUGCACGGCAAGCCCCUUCGCGGCCUCAGAGAGAGUCAGCUGACUUGUGAUGGGCCCCUGGAGCUGCACACGCUCUCUCUCCUGCCGUCCCUGCGCCAGGUGGUCUUCAAAGGGGACCGGCUGCCCUUCCACUGCAGCGCCGCCAUGGUGGAUAAGAUCACCACGCUGCACUGGCGGCACAACAGCCAGCCGGUCACCUCCGACUCCGAGCUGGGCGUCCGCCUGGAGGACAGCGUUCAGCACGACUGCACCUUCAUCACCAGUGAGCUCAUCCUGUCCAACGUUCACGUGGAGGCGAACGGGGAGUGGGAGUGCGUGGUGACCACGGGGCGGGGCAACACCUCCCGCAGCGUGGAGAUCGUGGUGCUGGAGAACAGCGCCUCCUUCUGUCCAGAGGAGAGGGUCGCAAACAACCGGGGAGAGUUCAGGUGGCCGAGAACCCUGGCCGGGAUCACUUCCUACCAGUUCUGCCUGCAGCUGCACUACCCCUCCCUGGCCAUGAGCGGCAGCGGAGAGCAGAAGAAGGCCACGCGCUACUGCGACCGCUCGGGGCGCUGGGAGGAAGGCGACUACUCCCAGUGCCACUACACCAAUGACAUCACGCGGGUCCUCCACACCUUCAUCCUGAUGCCCAUCAACGCCUCUAAUGCAGGGACCCUGGCACACCAGGUGCGGACCUAUACUCUGGAGGCAGCCGGCUUCACCGACACAGUGGAUGUGCUCUACGUGGCCCAGAUGAUGUCAAAAUUCAUGGAGUACGUUGGCCAGCUGCGAGAGCUCUCGGAGGUGCUGGUGGAGAUGGGCAGUAACCUGAUGCAGGUGGAUGAUCAGAUCCUGUCCCGGGCUCAGCGGGAGGAGAGAGCCUGCAGCUCCAUCGUGCGCUCGCUGGAGACCCUGGCCUGGCCUCAGCUCCACGGCAACGCCCAGGACCUCUCCAUGACGUCCCGUAACAUCGUGAUCGAGGCCCACCUCAUCCGGCCCGCCCACUUCACCGGCAUGAGCUGCACAGUGUACCAGCGGCGCGAGGGCGUGGGCGGCGGCCUGGGCAUGGAGGGGGCGGAGCCCACCCAGGAACAGCAGCUGCGGUUCCGCUGCACCACCGGGACCCACAACACCUCCCUCAAUUCCUUCCCUCUCAAGAAUGCUGUAGCUCUGGCCUCUGUGUCCCUCCCUGCCUCUCUCUUCCCUCCCGACGCUCCUUCGGACUGCAAGCUGCAGUUUGUGGUGUUUCGCACCGGCCGCUUCUUCCCCUACACCGGCAACUCCAGCGGCUCGGCCGACCACGCCCGCCGCCGCAGCGUCAACACCCCCGUCAUCUACGUGGGCCUAGACGGCUGUGACAUGUGGAACCUCUCGGACCCCGUGGUGGUGUCCCUGCGCCACUCGUCCCCGGGCAGCGACCCCAUGGCGGCCCACUGGAGCCCCCAGGCCCUGGAGCUGCAGGGGGGGUGGAGCCAGGAGGGCUGCCAGCUCGUCCAGAGCGACGCCACGGUCUCCACCCUGCGCUGCUCAGUGCUCAGCAACUACGCCGUGCUGCAGGAGAUGCCUGCCUUCCCCAGCCCCUUGCCCGCCCCUGUGGAGGUGCUGCACCCCGUGGUCUACACCUGCACAGCCGUGCUCCUGCUCUGCCUCUUCACCAUCAUCAUCACCCACAUCCUGCAUCACAGCUCCAUCCACAUCUCCAGGAAGAGCUGGCACACGCUGCUCAACAUCUGCUUCCACAUCGCCAUGACAACGGCCGUCUUUGCAGGGGGCAUCACCUUGACCAGCUACCCGGUGGUGUGCCAGGCGGUGGGCAUUGCCCUGCACUACUCCUCCUUGUCCACACUACUCUGGAUCGGGGUCAGCGCCAGGGUCAUCUACAAAGAGGCUGUCUGGCGGACACCGCGGCAACAGGACGGGGAGACCCUCACCCCACCUACUCAGCGGCCCAUGCUCAGGUUUUACUUAAUCGCCGGUGGAGUUCCUCUCAUCAUUUGCGGGAUCACCGCUGCAGUCAACAUAAGCAACUAUGGGGACGGCAGCCCAUACUGCUGGCUGGCGUGUCGGCCGAGUUUGGGUGCCUUCUUUGUCCCUGCGGGCCUGGCGGUGCUGGUGACCUGGAUCUACUUCCUGUGCAGCGUGGCCCGCCUGCGGCGUCGGGGGUCACGCGGCUCCAAAGAGGCCUCCGGCUCCCCCGUCUCCUCCCCACUGCCCGAGAGCCAGCCGGCGCUGGGCGGGAGCACCAGCCUGCUCUCCACGGACUCGGCGGCGGGGACGGUGCAUGCUGGGAUGCCGCUGGAGGACCAGCACUCCCUGAAGGCGCAGUUCCUGGCGCUGGCGGCCACGCACGUCCUGUACGUGGCGCUGUGGAGCUGCGGGGCCCUGGCCGUGUGGCAGACGGGCUACAGGAGCCUGCUGUUCAGCUGCCUGUACGGCGUGGCGGCCACCGCCCUGGGGGUCUUCCUGCUGGUGCACCACUGCCUGCGCCGGCUGGACGUCCAGGCCGCCUGGCUCGGCUGCUGCCCGGCCUACCGCCGCUCCCGGCCCAUGCCGGCCUACCUGCACCCGUGCACCACCGCAGCAGGGGCCCAGACCAGCCCCUCGGAGCGCGGGUCCCAGGUGUUCGUGGGCUGCCUGCCCCCGGGGGACCCCCACAACUCCUCGUCCGCCAGGUCCUCCUCCACCCCCAGCGGGAUCAGCAGCGUGGGCCCCGGGCCCUGCAAGCUCACCAACCUGCUGCAGGUGGCGCAGGACAACGCCAGCAACGCCGCCCGCGCCCCCGCCAGCACCAUCACCAGCACCAGCACCGACAACACGGCCAAGCAGGCCAACAACAACCUGCUGGCGGCCCCCAGCUCCGCAGCCCCCACGCAGCCGCAGAGGAGGAAGGCUGGGAGGACUAAGCAGGGCCACGCCCAGUACCACCACCGAGGGGAGGGCCGGGGCCACUUCCGCCUCCGGGCCCUGCGGGGGGCCGGGGGAGGGGGCAGCGUGGGAGCCCUGGGGCCCCCGGGGCUGGAGCAGCUCAACCACGCGCAGCCGGGCUACAGGCACGCCUCCAGCGAGAACGGCAGCCUCCGCCACAGCCAAUCGGAGAGCCAGACCGCGCCGCUGGCCAACGGGAGGCGGGCGGGCGAGGUGGCCGCCACCAGCCCGUCGGAAGGCAGCGAUGGGGGCAGCAGCGGCGGGCGCAGGCCCUUCCCGUUGCCCCCCUCGGCGGCCAGCAGGGCGGCGACGCAGGGCACGCAGAGGCGCAGCGCCAGCCGGGACAACCUCAAACUGGCGGCCGCCGCCGAGCGGGAUGCCAAGCGCAGCUCCUACCCGCUCAACAGCGCCCCCCUCGCCCCGCCCGCGCCCGCGCCCAACGGCACCCUAAAGAGCUCCGUGCUGGAGCUGGACAUGAGCGGCACUGACCAAUCGCAGGGCUCGGCGGGCAUGAAAGGCGGCGUCUGGAAGAGCGAGACCACCGUGUGACACACGCAUACAAAAUGGCACAUCGCUAAACGGACGCAACAGAAGAGGCCGUCUCGGCAGUGCUACCCACGCGUUUUCCCUUGCUGUGGAAGCUGUGUUUCCUCGCCGAAAAUUCAUUUUUCUAGCCAAAUGGAAUUGGUGGAUAUGGCAGAGACCGUGUGCCUCUACUAGUAUUAAGCUGAGAAAGUGUAGCAAAUCAAAGACAUGGUGAGGAUGGUUUUUCUUCUGUCCUUUUGGUUUCCAGGAGCCACCAGAUGUGUUAAGUUGUACGUAUGCAAUUAAAAUCAAGACCUGAAACUGAAACUCUUACAGAAAAAGACAAGAACAUUUUAUACUGAAUACUUUGCUAUGACAUAUGCAAAAACUGAACCCAGCUUUUUUUCUUAAUCCCUCACUUUGUUUUGCAUUUCUCAAGUUGAAGUACCCAGUUAGUCUACUAUACAGAAUCUCAUGGGCAUUUUAUGAGCUAAAACUAGUAAUAUAAUCUGAUGUUAUUUUUUAAUGCCACAGGGAAUAUGUAAGCUCUCUGUUUGUUCUUUCUUCUAUGCAUUUCAACUACAGCAGGGAAAAGGAGAACCAAAUCGGCCCAUUUCCAAAAUACACCCAUGUGCAUUCCCUUUCUGAUGGAUGUACUCCUAUGCUUUGUAGUGUGUGUGUGUAUGUGUGUGUGCGUGUGUGGGCGUUUGUGAAAGAGUGCAUGUGCGUGAAUGUAUGAGAGAAAGAGACUAUGUAUUGCUUUCUGUUUUGUUUUGUUUUUUACUUUGUUGACCGUAAAGUAUUGAAAUGAUUGAACUACAAACCAGCACUGAGAAAUAGCCCUUGCCAUCCUCACAGAUCAAUAAUUCUAUGUUAGUAGAAACAGGAGGCAUUAUCGGGCGUUCACCCUGCCAUGCUUAGUGGAGUGGCCCGUUGGCAUUGUCGUCCAAUUGGUUUCCAGACAAAGGACUUAAAUCUGAACAACCCCAUGCUGUUCCUGAGCUGUGCCUUCUUGACUAGAAUGUGAAUGUGGCUUCACAGUGGAAAUGACAGUGCUAGACUGCCCUCUUGUGGAUCACAUGUGUCACUGCAUGCACUGAUCAUCAAAUGGACCUAAAUUUCAUAAAUCAAGACAUGAUGGUGCAAAUGGUGCAAAUGCUCAUGGAUUUGUAUCAGCCUGCAAGGCCUGUCUGUACUUAUUAAGGGGUGUAUAGGGAAAAGGAACAUGAAAUGAUUUUCAACUCUGUGCAAAUAAGGUGGAUUAGAACUAGAACUGCACCAAAUGAUAAAAGCCUGAAAGCCAUUUUGUCUGCACUACCAGACUACUGGGGGCCUUUCCACACCAUGAACCAAACUGCAGCUCAACAACCAGCGACCCUGUGAUUCAGCUUAUUAACACCUUUGUCUGCUCCCUGCCACCCACUUCAUUUAACGACAUUCUCUUGGAGUCUUGAUGUUACUUUUUUGCUGGGAAUGUGAUGCUGGAACUAACAGCUCCUGAAAGCACUUCACAUUGGCAUUAUAUAUUUUUU